GGUGUGUGCUGCCAGGAUGGUCAACACUGCUGUCCUCCAAAUACUUACUGUGAUAUGAUUAAAAGGCAGUGUUAUAGGCAGAAUAAAGAUCAGUUAGAAGCAGAGAAUUGGAUUUUGGCAGACCGUGGCUUCUUGCAGAAAAGGGUUUCAUCUGGUGAUGUUAUAUGCCCAGGUGGCGCUGCUGUAUGUCCAGAUGACAACACAUGUUGCCAGUUGUCUACAGGGGAUUAUGGCUGUUGUCCCUUGCCAGAGGCUACCUGUUGUUCAGACCACACUCAUUGUUGUCCUCAAGACUAUAAAUGCAAUGUCACCGCUGGUACUUGCACAUUGGGUACUAAGGUACAAGACUGGCUAACUAAGACACCAGCAAAACUGCUGAAAGACCUUGUCUGCAAAGACAACUCUCACUGUCCUGCUGGAACUACUUGUUGUGAGUUAGAAUCAGGCCAGUAUGGUUGCUGCCCCUUGGUUUCAGUUGUGUGCCCUGGUGGUAAGUCACAGUGCCCUGAUGGAACUACAUGUUGCAAAAUGAAGUCUGGAGGCUACGGGUGUUGUCCAUACCAGCUUGCUACUUGCUGUUCUGAUGGCAUCCACUGCUGCCCUGAAGGUUUCAGAUGUGACUUGUCAGCUGGGUUUUGUGUUCGGGGGAAAGACAGCAUCAGCUGGUCAGAGAAAUUCCAAGCCACACCUAUAAAUGCUACAGUGACCUGUAAAGACAGCACUGUGUGUCCAAAUGGGAACACAUGCUGUGAAUUAGGAUCAAGUCACUAUGGAUGCUGCCCUCUGAAAGAGGCAGUGUGUUGCUCUGACCACACUCAUUGUUGUCCCCAAGGCUACCAGUGUGACGUCUUAUCUGGCACCUGUAAUAAAGGCAGUGAGGUCCUUGCCUGGCUAACUGGGAAACCGUCGAGAUCUGCACAAAAUGUCUCAUCUGAUUGUGUUUUCUGUAGAAAUGGCUCGGUAUGUCCGGAUGACAACACAUGUUGCCUAAUGACCUCUGGGGAAUAUGGCUGCUGCAACAUGCCCGGGGCCACAUGUUGUUCUGAUCACACCCAUUGUUGUCCACACGGCUACUCGUGCAAUGUCACAGCCAACAUUUGCCACUGGGGCAACCGUUAUGGCUGCUGCCCCUCAGGUUCACUUGUGUGUCCCGGUGGCAGAUACACUUGUCCUAAAGAGACCACAUGUUGUAAAACUCAGACCGAAGAAAUGGGCUGUUGUCCGUUGAAUAGUGCAACUUGUUGUGCCGAUGGCGCACACUGCUGCCCUUUUAAUUUUCAAUGUAACUUGUCGACUAUGACGUGUUUUCGAGGGACAGCAGUUAUAAAACUGCAAGUGAAAUUGACAGCAACACCGUCAAAUGUCACCGUAUCUUGUAACAACAGCACUGCCUGUCUGGACAUUUAUACCUGUUGUGACUCCGGACCAAGUCGGUAUGGAUGUUGCCCCAUGAGAGAGGCUGUGUGUUGCUCUGACCACAUCCAUUGCUGCCCUCAAGGCUACCACUGUGACGUCUCGGCUGGUACCUGUAUUAAAGGCAGUGAAACCGUUGCCUGGCUGACCAGGAAACCCGCAAGAUCUGCACCAAACGUUCAGAAGGGAGAUUAA